GGUGUUGGAUCCACCUUUGGGCAUAAUGCAUGUUUCAGUAUUUUUUGCUCUAAAGACAAAUCUAUGUAUACAUGUGGAUAUUGUGUAUUUGUAUGUCGUAUAUCAAACGGUGGAUUCUAAGUAUGUCCUCCCGUUCUCUUUGUAAUCUCUGCUUCCCUUGUUCAUAAGCCUUUUGAUUUUACAAAAUGCUGACCUCCUCCUGAUAUCAUUGCAUAACACAUUUCCGUUUUCCGUCCCAUUUUCAAUUCCCCGUCUUAGCAUCAUCCUAAAUGUAUAGAGUUAUCUUUAGACUCACUACAUAUCAAUAAUAAUUUUUAAUAAUACAUGUAUAUAUAUCUUACCGAAUUGCAUUCAUAUAAUAUGGUAUACUAUUUAAAAUGUUUUUCCAUUAUUGAAUGUACUCGCACCUCAGCAGUUAGAGAUAAAAAUAAGGGGUUAAGAGUUCUUCCUGCUUUCAACUUUCUCAGACACCAGCUUCUUCAAAUAAUGUAUCUGUACCCAAAGGCGGAUCCACCGCCGGCGACCCCCACCCCUCGUUUGGUGUGUUUCCUCAGACCUCUGAAACUGUAACCCUCCGUUCUGAAAUUUAUGGAUCCGAAACUAAUUGCACAUGGAAUUUAAUCAACUUCCGAUAUGUACUUUGUGCUGACUCCCCCCUCCCCCUUUCCAACUUUUAAAACUUUGUAUCAGUCAAGCCGAAAUCCUACACCAAAGGGGAGGCGAAUUUUAUUUAUAUGUGGUAACUUUCACAGGGGCCUAAGAUACCAUUUUUAAUUAUUAUAAUUAAAAGAGUUCGGUUAUACAAUCUGUUUCGUUUCGGUGGGUUUCGUUUCGUUUCGGUAGAUUUCGUUUCGCACUUUACAGGUACCCGUCUGUUCAUUGAUUCAAAAUCUUUGACGAAAAAGAUUUCAAACUUCAUGACAGUGAUUUCGUAGGUGCUAGUUUUUGGCGGUUUUAGAGACAGUUACUUUAUACGAAAAGGUACUACGCAGCGUCUAGCCCCCCUUCUAAUCCCAUGGGGAUCCGGGUAAGAAUAGGUCCUCAGUUUACCUUACUUGUCCUUCCCUGCUCUAAGGCCAUAAGCGCCGAGCAUAGGCCGAAAUUUUGCAGUCCUUCACCGGCAGUGGUGACGUGUCCAUAUGAGUGAAAAAUUCUCUAGAGGGACGUUAAACAAUACACAAUCAAUCAAUCCCCCUGAUGAAUAUUCUAACAUAGGUCUUAAACUUCAAUCUACAAUUGGAAUUUUCAAGCCAGGUGAGCGAUAUAUGCUCCUAAAAACCCUUUCUUUAAAAAGAGGCGGGUUUUAUUGAUCUGUUCAGCAUGUUUGAAAAUAACGAAUCUUCCGUGUUCAACAUAAAUAUACCAUUGCAAAGAGCUAUUUCAAAUUUUUAAAUGGACAUUUUUUGUCCAGAUUCUUGUUUCCUCCCGCCUUCACUAAGAGUUAUAUCGUGUAGGUAGGGUAGAUGGUUACUGUGAAGUAAUUGGUAUGUUUGUUUUGCGAUAUAGCUAUCUCCCGUUUUAUCCCUGGGUUGAUUAUUUCGUUAUCAAUUCCGGCAGUGCUGUAAGCUAAACUGUCAAUUCGUUCUAUAUUCUACCACCAGCAUGGGGAAUAGAAUGGGAAUGUUGUUUUUAAGUCUGCUCUUGGUUCCAACAAUCGCAUAUACCUUGAGUGAUCAAGAACUCUCUGAUUUUUCUACUUAUUUGGAGGAAGUGAUCAAAUGUAAGCAGGUUCCCGGAGGAGUGGUGUCUAUCGUGGAGCGUGGGAGGACAGUGUUUACUAAAAGUUUUGGGUAUUUUGACAUUGAAAAAACUAGGAAGAUUACAGACGACACAAAGUUCUGCCUGGGAUCUCUCACCAAAGCCUUCACUAGCGCGGUCAUAGCCAAACUCCUGAGUCAACAGAGCAGUUACACCUGGGACACACCCGUCGCUCAGAUUUUGGGACCAUCGUUUCGGCUGGAAAAUGACCUGCUGACCAGAAACGUUAACCUGCGGGAUUUACUGGGCCACAGAGUCGGCGUACCCUCCAACUUUGUUCCUCUCUUGGUAGGCUUUCCUGAAAACACAUCCAGACAGCAAUUUAUUGAGAUGCUGGCCUACCAGAAGCCAAGUGAACCGCUGAGGACCAAGUUCCUGUACAGUAACUACAUGUACACUCUCGCCGGUUACGUGGCGGAGAAGAUCAGCGGAAAGUCGUGGGAGACUUUGGUCAGAGAGAUCCUUUUUGAACCGCUUGGAAUGAACGCAAGCGGAUUUGUGAAUGAAGAGAAAAACUUCAGCCAAUUCUCCCCUGCCUUCGUGUACAUUGAUGGAAAACAAGAUAAAAUCGACCAAAAUUUACUGUACACCGUAGCGCCGGGUGGACCAGCCGGGGCUAUUUACUCCACAGCAGCGGAUAUGGAUAAGUGGAUGAAUUUCCACCUCGGUAAUGGAAGUGAACUCAUACCAGAGGCGUACUUCUCCGAGCUCCACACGGAACAAAUGAUCACAUUCCCACCUAAGAACAACUUGUAUAAGCCGGACUAUCCAAUUUCUGACGUCACAAAAGCCUACUGUCUCGGCUGGAUAUCGUCUGUAUAUAGAGGGUACCGAAAGGUGUGGCAUUCGGGAGGUAUCGCGGGUUAUGUUUCAAUGUUAUGGUUAUUCCCUGACCUAGAAUCCGGAGUAUUUGUAGCACUGACCGGAGCAAAGGACAACCAACAUUCCCAUUCUGUGGACGCCAUUGUCAACCAAGCAGCCGAUUUGUUGAUUGGUGAUAAACCAUGGUUAAACCAAUCAACAGCAUGCUCCUUUCCCGCGCCUUGGAAAGACGUCACACCAGUUCCACGUGGUACCACUAAAGAACCAUAUCCCGAGCUUUACUGGAACAUCAGUGAAUCUGCUGACGUGUAUGCUGGCUUGUAUGGACACUUAGCGUUCGGUAACAUGACUGUCACAACAGACGAUCAUGGAAUACUGUUACAUUACGGGAGAUUCGGGAAAAUGCGGCUGUUACCAAUCGACAGAAAGAUAUUUUCCGGAUAUUUCUUGGAUAAUCUUUCAUAUAUGACUAAUUCUGAUGGCAAUACAAGGCCGUUUGUGAUCGAAUUCAAAUUUAGCGGAGACAAUGUUGUAGAAAGUCUUGAAUUUUCCGUUAAUUUGUCUACAUCACAGAAAACGUCUUUCAAAAGAAUUGAUAAAACCAGACGUGUACAUUGCAGAAAUGUCUCGAAUUCAUUUACUUCCGUAAGACAGUCCCAAGGUUUCGGGACAGUUUUAUCCAUGACUACAGCAUGGUAUUUAUAUCACUGACACUUGAUUUCCAGGAAUGUAGGUCUCUUAAGGAGGAAUAACACGUCAAAGAAAUCUGAUAUGGAUGGACAGUAGACGAUAUGUACAAUGAUAUUUUGAAACUGAAAACUUUCAUAUUUACCUUAUUUAGUUUAAAAAAAUUCAGUUUCUGAAGAAAGUGAUUUGGGGAAAAAACCCUGCUAGACUCAGCUAGGUAAUAAGAUUCAAAAGGAAUAUACAAGUAUUGUUAUAUCCAUGUUUUUCAUUCAUGUUUCAAAAGAAAGUCGCCCAAUAUGACAAUGCAUUAUUCUUCCUUAACUUCAGUAAAAAUAAAUAAUUCAAAUAUAUUCUGUGAACAUCUUAUUAAAAACAAUACAUGUACAUGUAGUUUCUUCAUAGUCAAAUCAAAAUAACAUACAUAUAAAGAAAAUAUAUCAAUACAUGCAAUGUGUGUAGAUUAAAUCUAUGCUUUCAAUUUUUACUAUCCAUGUCUACAGGAAAAUAAAAUAAUGUAAAUUUUUCUUUAAUUGCCAGAGAAUGUAUAUUUCUUAUUGUUCUUACAAUCUCAAAGCAGACUGUAUAUAUACUUAUAUCAAUGAAAAUGAUAAAAAUAAACUUCAUACACAACAA